GUUGGAGAGGCUAAAGAAGGGGAGACUAGGCAGACAUGCAAGGACCAUAAUUGCCCACAAUGGAGUCCACCAAGUUGAUCCGCAUUGCCAACAUCUCAGGGCGCUACCUCGUGUUUGACCCGGAUGCCGUGAGCGCGCUCCGCCGCCAGGCAAACACCAAUGGCACCUUGGUGGGAACUACUCCGCAGCAGCCCACGCAAAACAUAUUCCUGGGCUUGCCCAUUGAGCUCCGGCCCGAAGAGGUGGACGCUCUAAUCCGUACAAACGUCGCGUACGUCGUAGAUGAUGUGGCCGCGCACCAGUCGGCGCUGCAGUCCCUAGAUCCCGACUCGCGGAGGGCCUAUGUCAGCUCGCUGCGGCUGCGGAAGCAGGCUGCGCAAAAGGUGUUUGCCGAGAUUAACGCGCACAAGGCCUCCAUAACAGCCAGCAAGAAGAAUAAGAAUAAGGAAGCGCGUGAUGACAGCUCGGCUGUUCCGUCGACCGACCUCGGAACAGCUGAUAGUGGUGCCCUUAAACCAGAUGGCAAUCCAUCGCCCCGCAAUAGCCAAGUGACUCUGUUGGGCGUCACACCAACUUCUAGCAUCAACCAUGUUUCCCCAGAUGCGCAUGCCUUGCCCGUGGAACCUCGUAACUCAGAAAAAGGAUCGCUCUGCCAGCACAUGUUGGGAUCCGGGUAUUUUAUGACUCCAGGGCUUCGAUUCGGGUCACGCUAUAGUGUCUAUCCCGGUGAUCCUUUGCGUUUCCAUGCUCAUUUCAUGGCAAAUGAAUACGGCUGGGAGGAAGAGAUACCUAUCCUUGAUAUCGUAGGCGGUGGCAGACUGGCAACAGCCGUAAAGAAAGCGUUUCUUAUAGGCGGCCGUAAACCGUCUGCAAGUCCCGAUAUGGUCACAUCUCCGGUGAGAACAUUCAGCAUAGAAUGGGCUGGUAUGUAACAUAACAUUUUGAUGUUUAUUAUAAACACGAAUUCCGCUAUUGAAAGGAAGGGUGCAUUAUAUAUAUAUAUAAUACGACGUCAGUCUAGAAGAAGAAGAGAAUAAAAUGAAAAUGAAAAACGCCAAAGCCAAAGAUACAAGCAAUCAAGCAAUCAAGCUACCCGCCCCAACUCCCAGAUGAUGAAUUAAGUAUACAAUCAAGAAGAUAUUCGCUUCCCAAGAAGUUGUUCCCCUUUAAGCCUCAGACGCUGCGAUAUAACAUGCUCUAGGGAACGUAGAUCCGGCUGAAGCUCAUGACAUCGCGGCGACAGCACACGCAUUUGUCAAAGUUGUUCAUGGCUAGAGAAACACGACAGUCGUCACACAAGCUGAGACAGCGGCACGGCCACACGAUGACUGUGCGUGGCGAGCACUGGCAUACAACGCAAGAGGGGCUCUCUCCCUCAGUAAGCGUCGACGCUUCGCCAGUCUCAGAGCUUUGCUGGCCAUCUUUCUCUGGAGAAGCUUGUCGUUUUGUCCAGAUAAGCUGUUCCAGGAGAAGCUCUUCUUCCUCUGGGCUGAGCUUUGUGAUACGGCCCUGAGGACCGAGCUUAUUCAGCUGCUUUCCCUUUGGAGUCUGCAUUGUCAAAAUUCGCGUUCGCUGCAGCUGCUCCAUUCGUCUAAAGCCAGAUCUGGUCAAGAUACGAUCACUUUGAAGAUGCGCUGCAAGUCUUUCUGCUUCUUGCCGUUCCUCCAGACUAGCAGGAUGCAAAAGGCGAGCUAAAUCAGCCAUAGCCAGUGGGCUGUCUAGAAAAGGGGUGCCUUCACGCCCAGGUCGUGGUGAUCGCUGAGUUGGGGUUCUCUGCCCGCUGCCCUCGUCUGACAUCCAGCCGUCUGCUUCUUCAUCGUCGCUGUCGCCCCCAUUGGUGGUCAAGGUGAUUACGCUCGUAUUGUCCCAGUCCUCCUCUUCUUCGCGAGGCUGAUAUGUUCCGCUCAUAUCCUGAGAUCCCCACCAUCCUCCUUUUAGCCAGUAUUUGUAUAGAUCUUUAUCCAGGGUCUCUUCAUCUUGACUCGUACCAACUCGUCUGAAUUCAGCUUCGAUAUCCAAAGCAUCCGACCUAAGAGUCGCAUCUAAAUUCGAAGGCUUCGCCGUCGCAUCUCUACUCCCGCCAGGACCACGGCUUGGUCUCGAUGCAGUUUCAUU